AUGCGAUUCUUCUUUAUCUCCACCGUCCUCCUCGGAGCCGCUUUUGCUCAAGCCAAGCUUCCCGCUGGUGCACCCUGCAAGAAAGAUGGAAGCUUGGGUGUUUGCACAUCAGGACUUUGUGUGCAAACCCCUAACCAGGCUCAAGGGGUGUGCAAGUGA